ACCACCUUGUUAAAUCCUGAGGAGAACCCUGUGGUAGAUGUGGAGUAGUUUUAGAGUUGAAGUGUGUGUAGCAGUGUUAAAUCCUGAGGAGAACCCUGUGGUAGAUGUGGAGUAGUAUUAGAGUGGAAGUGUGUGUAGCAGUGUUAAAUCCUGAGGAGAACCCUGUGGUAGAUGUGGAGUAGUAUUAGAGUUGAAGUGUGUGUGUAGCAGUGUUAAAUGUAUGCUGUUUUCUCUACCAGGAGACCUGCUGCCCGUCAUGUGUGAGAGAGCAGGCUUUCAACAGGAGACCAGCCUUAUCCUCUAUGAGGAAGUGAAGCCUAAUUUAACAGAGCGGAUACAGGACUACGACGUGUCAUUGGACAAGGCCCUGGAUGAGCUCCUUGGAGCCAGACAUCAUCGUCUUCCAGAAAGACGACCCAGAGAACGACAGCAGUGAGCUGCCCACAGCCAAGGACUACUUCUGGGACCUCUACCACCGAGUGGACGUUAUCUUCUGUGACAAGACCAUCCACAACGACUGGCUUUGUCGUCACCCUCUCCAACAGGAUGAACUACUUCCAGGUGGCGAAGACGGUGGCUCAGAGGUUGAACACAGAUCCCAUGCUCCUCCAGUUCUUCAAGUCCCAGGGGUACAGAGACGGACCUGGAAUCCUCUCAGACACAACUAUGAAGCUGAACUCUCCUGA